GGUGCCCAGGGAAUGGCGGGGCUGCCCGGCUCGGCGCGGCACCUCCGUGGUCCCCCGGGUCCCUCCGCCGCCCUGCCCGCCCCGGACACCGCCUUCCUUCGCUCCCCGCUCGGGGGGCUGAUGGGCGCCGAGGCCGUCCUUGGCUUGCUGGUGUGGGCUCUCAUUGCUGACACGACGUACUACCUGCACGCAGCAUACAGCUGGGUGUUGUUUGUGUCCAUCUUCUUCUGGAUAGUAACAGUGCUUUUCUUCGUGACUUACCUCCUGCAGCUACAGCUGAAGUUCCACGUGAUCCCCUGGCCCCUCGUGCUGAUGAUCUUCAAUGCCUUGGCCACCGUGCUCUACGUCAGCGCCUUCGUGACAUGCGCGGCUGCGGUGCAGCCCACGUCGUGGCGGCAGUGGGACUACAACCGGCGAGCUGCAGCAGCUUUCUUUGCCUGCCUGGCAAUGGUCGCCUACGGGGCCAGCACCUUCUUCAGCUUCCGCGCCUGGAGGGGGCUGGGCAGCAACGCAGCCACCAGCCAAGUGACCAACCACGCCUGAGGAGCUGGCAGCAGAGCCCCGGGACACCCUAGGCCGGCUCACAGUGGCCUCUGGCUGGCAACCUCACCUGCUGCCACCUUGCCCUUGGACCGGCCUGCAUGGGCAGUGAUGGGCAGGAGCAGGUCAGAGCCACACUGCUCCACGGUCCCUGCCGAUGCUUCCAGAUGAUGUCUGCACAAAGCCACCACUGCUGUAACCCACAGGCUCACUGGCAGGACACUGAUUUGUUCCUGCUCGUCCUUGGGGUUCAUCUGGAUCCUGCCUGAAGCAGCUCCGUGGAAGGGCUCAGCCACGUCAGCUCACUCCAGCACUAACAUCCACUAAACCAGGCUCCUGGCUCAGGCCAGGCCAGCUGCAGCGUAAUUAAUUCCAAUUAACAGCACACAGAAACAUUGGCAGAGCUGGAAGAUGAAGGCCCAGCAAAGGAAGCAGUCCAAACUCUCCUUGUAUUGAUUUAUAACAAUUCAGAGCACAAAUUUCAUGCUCUAAA